AUGUCCUCAAUGCUCAACACCAGGAAGAAGAAGAAGAAUGUCAAGAAGGGAAUCCAGUUCUGCCUGAUGGUAUGCGGCGCUUCAGGAACCGGUCGCACAACAUUCGUCAACACCCUCUGCGGCAAGCCCGUCCUCACGCACAAAGAGUCGGACGACCCCAGCACCGCCCACAUCGAGGAAGGCGUCAAGAUCGAGCCCAUCACAGUCGAACUCGAUGAGGAGGGCACACGCAUUGUCAUGACCAUUGUCGACACCCCUGGUUUCGGAGACUCGAUCGACAACGAGGCCUGCUCACAUAGGCGCAGCUUCGAACAGAUUGAGGGCUACAUCGAGCGUCAGUUUGAUGACAUCCUUGCCGAAGAAUCGCGUAUUAAGCGUAACCCCCGAUUCAUCGACAACCGUGUACACGUGCUGCUGUACUUCAUCACACCUACCGGCCAUGGUCUCCGCGAACUCGACAUUGAGCUCAUGAAGCGUCUUUCGCCCAAGGCGAACGUUAUCCCCGUUAUUGGCAAGGCCGAUUCGCUGACACCCGCCGAGCUGGCCGAGUCGAAGAAGCUAGUCAUGGAGGACAUCGAGCACUACCGCAUCCCGGUCUACAACUUCCCCUACGACAUCGAGGAGGAUGAUGAGGACACAGUCGAGGAGAACGCAGAGCUCCGUGGACUCAUGCCCUUUGCCAUGGUCGGAUCCGAGGAUGUCAUCGAUAUUAACGGUCGACGAGUACGAGCCCGUCAGUAUCCGUGGGGUAUCGUCGAAGUCGAGAACCCUCGCCACUCAGACUUCCUCGCUGUUCGCAGCGCACUGCUCCACAGCCAUUUGGCUGACUUCAAGGAGAUCACACACGACUUCCUGUACGAGAACUGGCGUACAGAGAAGCUCAGCAGGAGUGUUGAGGGUGGUGCUGAAGCCGGCUCGUCGAUGAACCCAGAGGCUCUUGCCAGCCAGUCUGUCCGCCUCAAGGAGGAGCAGCUGCGACGCGAGGAGGAGAAGCUCCGCGAGAUCGAAGUCAAGGUACAGCGCGAGAUCAACGAGAAGCGACAAGAACUCUUGGCUCGCGAAAGCCAGCUGAAGGAGAUUGAAGCGCGCAUGCACAGGGAGCAGAGCGCACACCUAGCAGAGAAGGAGGCGGAGGAGGCAUAA